AUGUUUAUCUAUCUCUAUCUAUCUAUCUAUCUAUCUAUCUAUCUAUCUAUAACAGACAUUCAUUUGUCUCUCUCCAAUCUCUCUCUCUCUCUGCCUUUAUUAGACAUGUGUAUCCUCCUCUCUCCAGUCCAUGUUUAUCUAUCUAUCUAUCUAUCUAUCUCUAUCUAUCUAUCUAUAUCUAUCUAUAACAGACAUUCAUUUUCAGUCCAUGUUUAUCUAUCUAUCUAUCUAUCUAUCUAUCUAUCUAUCUAUAACAGACAUUCAUUUGUCUCUCUCUCUCUCUCUCUCUCUGCCAAACAUUCAUUUGUCUCUCUCCCUCUCUCUCUCUCUCUGCCUCGUAUUCAUUUUUGUAUCCUCAGUCUCUGUCAUGUUUAUCUAUCUAUCUAUCUAUCUAUCUAUCUAUCUAUCUAUCUAUCUAUCUAUAACAGACAUUCAUUUGUCUCUCUCCUCUCUCUCUCUCUCUGCCGUAGACAUGUAUAUCCUCAGUCAGUCCAUGUUUAUCUAUCUAUCUAUCUAUCUAUCUAUCUAUCUAUCUAUCUAUCUCUCUAUCUUAACAGACAUUCAUUUGUCUCUCUCUCUCUAUCUCUCUCUCUAUCUAGACAUUCAUUUAUCCUCAGUCAGUCUCCAUGUUUAUCUAUCUAUCUAUCUAUCUAUCUAUCUAUCUAUCUAUCUAUCUAUCUAUCUAUAACAGACAUUCAUUUGUCUCUCUCCCUCUCUCUCUCUCUGCCCAGUAGACAUAAUGUAUCCUCAGUCAGUCCAUGUUUAUCUAUCUAUCUAUCUAUCUAUCUAUCUAUCUAUCUAUCAUUCAUUUGUUUCUCUCUCUCUCUCUCUCUCUCUGCCUUCUGUAGACAUAAUGUAUCCUCAGUCAGUCCAUGUUUAUCUAUCUAUCUAUCUAUCUAUCUAUCUAUCUAUCUGUCUAUAACAGACAUUCAUUUUCAGUCCAUGUUUAUCUAUCUAUCUAUCUAUCUAUCUAUCUAUAACAGACAUUCAUUUCUCUCUCUCUAUCUGCCAGACAUUCAUUUGUCUCUCUCCUCUCUCUCUCUCUGUCUAUCUAUAACAGACAUGUUUCCUCCAGUCUCUCUCUCUCUACAUGUUUAUCUAUCUAUCUAUCUAUCUAUCUAUCUAUCUAUAACAGACAUUCAUUUGUCUCUCUCCCUCUCCCUCUCUCUCUGCCGAGUGAACGUAAUGUAUCCUCAGUCAGUCCAUGUUUAUCUAUCUAUCUAUCUAUCUAUCUAUCUAUCUAUCUAUCUAUCUAUAACAGACAUUCAUUUGUCUCUCUCCCUCUCCCUCUCUCUCUGCCUCGUAGACACGUAUCGGUAUCCUCAGUCAGUCCAUGUUUAUCUAUCUAUCUAUCUAUCUAUCUAUCUAUCUAUCUAUCUAUCUAAACAGACAUUCAUUUGUCUCUCUCCUCUCUCUCUCUCUGCCUCCCGAGUACGUAUAAUGUAUCCUCAGUCAGUCCAUGUUUAUCUAUCUAUCUAUCUAUCUAUCUAUCUAUCUAUCUAUCUAUCUAUAACAGACAUUCAUUUGUCUCUCUCCUCUCUCUCUCUCUCUGCUGUCGUAGACGUAAUGUAUCCUCAGUCAGUCCAUGUCAUGUUCUAUCUAUCUAUCUAUCUAUCUAUCUAUCUAUCUAUCUAUCUCUAUCUAUCUAUAACAGACAUUCAUUUGUCUCUCUCUCUCUCUCUCUCUCUCUCUGCCUAUCUGAACAUUCAUUUGUCUCCUCUCUCAGUCAUGUGUGUUCCUCAUCUAUCUAUCUAUCUAUCUAUCUAUCUAUCUAUCUAUCUAUAA